UUAUUUGCUCUUUCAACACUUGUCCAAGUCGAAGGCAAGUUACCAGCAUACGACUCAGCCCGGGUUAGUCAGUGUUAGUGAUGGCCCAAACGAGCUGGCUUAGUUCGGCAAUUCACGGCGAACGGACUAGCCGAUCAGAUUUAUAUGAGAACUCUUCAAGUUCUUCUGUUGCGCCCAGACCAAUACCUCCUCCCUCUGAUAUCUCCCGCUGGGAUCUUGCUGAAAUACUGAACCCAACUUCAGCGUUCAGAGAGCGAAAACUUUCCAUGGACUUUACUUCUGGGUCUGCUGGCCCUCAGCAUAGUGUUUAUGGCCAGUCAGAAAUUGACCAUCCAUUCAGUGCUCUUCAUACUUCUGAUCCAGACCACUCAGGCUACGAUCUUUUUUCCCAUUCUGCACCGAACUCGUUCGGAGCCCGGUACCGCAACGCGUCUUCGUCUUCUCUAGGUGGAAACUAUGCUGGACUAAACGGCGACAGCCUCUACUCCCAGCAGUCUUUCAAUGAUUCUGUCCCUUCAUUCGGCAGCUCUAAUGGCAAUCCCUACGAUAUGAUACACAGUCUUCCCUCUUCAUAUGGCAGUGGCAAAGUAUCACCUCUUACACCGAGUGACCCUGUCGGUCCUUUACAUCCUCCCUUCCCAGUUGGCGGCAAAGAUUUUACGUCCUCAAACUUUCCAGACUUUACACCGGAUCGUCGUCUCUCUAGCGUAAGCUCAGGUACAUAUGGUUCUGAUUUAUCAGACGAUUUCGCCAUGAACAACGGCAACCUUCCCUUCCCUUCUUCCGCUCUGCAACACUUCAGUGAACGUCUUGGGCGGUUCCAGUCUGGUGCAAAUUCGGGGAUCUCUCCAAUUUCACCGACGGCCCAUAGUCCGGAUAUUCUACGCGGAGUAGCGCCGCAUGCAACUCAUGGUUACCGCCCGGACAACGGUAUGAAUGGAUUUGACGAAAUGCAAUAUAUGGGCAACCCCCACGGGGACUAUCGCAUGUCUGGCGUAGAUGAGCAGCUAGCUCGUGUCGGACUUCGUGGACCAUCUAUUAUGGGGACAUCCAGUGACCUCUCGACUUUCAUUCGGCCUUAUCUCGAACAAUAUGUGCGGACUCCCAAUCGGCUGGCCUUCGGAGAAAGAACAGUUAUCGUUAUGUCAAGUAAAGUUGCUCAAAAGUCGUACGGCACCGAGAAACGGUUUCUAUGUCCUCCCCCAACUGCCAUCAUGAUUGGUAACUCAUGGUGGAGUGAUGUUCAUCGUAGAGGGGAAGACCCUAAGCUCUGUCCUCCUCGGGUGGUUAUCUCUAUCUCCGGCGAACCUGCGCCCCAAGAAGGUUCAAUUGAAUGGACAGGGUCAUCAGGCAAGUCCUUUGAUGUUAGUGACCCUCCUUCGGGUACAACAUAUAUCGGACGAUGUGUUGGAAAACAGCUGUUCAUUUCGGACGUCGACGAGAAGAAGAAAAAGGUGGAGGCUCUUGUCAAAAUCACCGCUCCUUCGUCGGACGAUGAACCAGAACGUGUUAUUGGGAUCUUUCCCAGUCGGCCCAUCAAGGUGAUUAGUAAACCAAGCAAAAAGCGUCAGAGCGCGAAAAAUCUCGAGCUUUGCAUCAAUCAUGGAUCAACAAUAUCGUUGUUUCAUCGUUUAAGAUCACAAACUGUGUCUACGAAAUAUCUAUGUGUUUCCGGCUCUGGAUCUUCAUUCAAAGGUUCGGAUGGUGCACCUUUAAUGGGUCUUGAUCAACGCUCUCGUACAAAUACUCCCUCUUUUAUUGCCCGUACUGCCAGCUGGGACCCUUUCGUGAUGUAUAUCGUCGAUGUCAACAAACCUACAGGUGGUAUUGAUGUUCCUCCUCCUCCAGCGUUGCAGCCUGAUUAUCCAUCCCCACCCCCAAAUGCCAUCCCAUUCACUAAUAACGGCUCACAAAUUCCAAUCUACUAUAAUCAGACUGUUGUCCUUCAAUGUUUGACUUCUGGCGUUGUUAGCCCCGUUCUUAUCAUUCGUAAAGUCGACCACCAAACUACUGUUGUCGGUGGCGGUCUCCAAGAAGGGGCAAAAGGUGUUGCCGACCAUUUCUGCGCUCCUGGUGAGGUAUGCGGUGACCCAGUUUCGCAACUUCAUAAAAUCGCCUUUGAAGUUUAUGAUGGCGCGAAAGGCAUGCCUGAACCGGGAACUCCAGGAAUUACUGGUGCCUUCUUAUCUUGCAUGGGCGAAAAGGUGAACACGUACCGCCCAAUUGAUGGUCGUCAGUGGAACAGCGGAGGAAGUAAUAGCGGUAAUUCCCCUGUCGCCUCCCCGGUUUCUUCCACUCCUGUGUCCUCCAAUGGCAGCGAAUAUUUUGGCCACAACUUGGACAGCGCACCAGAAUCUCCCUCAUCGCCCGACUUCCUUUCAAAUGACGGAGGUCGCGUGAAGAAGAAGCGGGGUACUUCGAGUGCAGGCGGGCCGUCUAAGAACCCAACAAAGGGCCGCAGACGUCCGAGCUCAGCGGGAUCUGUAACAUCUGGUAGACGAGGCUCGACCAGUGAUUCUGGAGCUGCUUCAGGAGCAUUAUGGCAAGUCGAUAUUGGUGAGACAAGCGUUUGGACCAUAGUUGGAACGGAUCAAAUCCGUUACAACUUCUAUGUCCCUCCUGUGUUGUUUGAUGCCCAACACGCUCCUCAAACUGGAUCGUUCCCGAUACCUUCCAAACCUGUGACGCCGUUCCCAGGUGUGGUGAAGUACCUUCCUCCUGACCGAGCUGCUGAAGCACCUAAGGCCAACUGUUCUUCCUCGCGGUCCAUGCUAUCAAAGCCCAAUCCCCAUGCAUCUAAAAUGCUGACUGUAUACGGAGAAAAUUUUUCCAAAUCAGAUCCGGUCAGCGUGUUCUUUGGUCAUGAGCCAUCACCGUACGUAGAAGUGCGAUGUACCGAAGUCCUUGGGUGUCUUCCCCCAGAGCAGCAGAUAGCCAAACGACGUCCUAUCAUUCUUAUACGUCCUGACGGUGUUGUUUUUCCAUCUAAUACCAUGUAUCCUUAGCUUAGCUUUAUAUUUUCGUUGUGUCAUUAUCAGGUUCACGCUCGUAGUGCUUUUACUAUUCCUACAAAGUUCUGUUUGUUCAUCGCUCUCGGAUUUUUCAUGCUUUUAUCGGAUUGUAUUAUGUAUCGUGCGGACAUGGAAAUACUAUGCAUGUAGUAAAGUACAUAGAUGGAACAGUAUGAAAUCAAUGUCAUUUACG